AUGUAUAGUGUACACGUGUUUUUGUACGUUGCAUGUAUGUUAAUAUGUGUAUACGCUGACUGUCCACACGAGCGCACGGGCUUGAAGAGACGGUCGGUUCCAUCAACAUGGAGCUCUGGAACACCUUCCGAGGGUGACAGUAUAGAAAUCAUAGAAAACAUACUGAUGGAUAUAUCACCCCCGGCAUUGAAGGAUAUAAAAUUACUAAAUGGUGGGAGCUUGACGUUCUUACCAGACGUUAAACUUACCCUUAAGGCUGCCAACAUCUACAUUAGUCAGGACGGUACUCUCGAGAUCGGAAGUGAGGACUGCCCGUACAUGGGGAAACUGACGAUAACACUGACAGGAAAUCGGGAAUUACAUCAAGGCGAAAAGCAUCCUAAAGCAAUACUUGUUGAGGCCGGGGGCACCCUGGAGAUUCAUGGAGAACCACGACUUCCAUGGACUAAAAUUACAAAAACUUUGUCCCCUCCAGACGGGUACGACAGCGGGAACUACUUUUACAAUCAUGAGUUUGAGGAAAACCAAAACACCAAUGAAUUCUGGUCUGGUGUUGUCGCUUAUACAUUUAUGUUUGACAACAACGGUGAACCAACUGUGAAAGAAUUCGAUGUAUAUCUGCUGCAAUGGCAUAACGACAAACUUGCUGGGCAUAUCAAUAGAGUUAAAGAUGGCGAAGUUUUAAUGAUGGCGAGUCAGAUACAGAUUGAGAGUGGAACCAGCACUGCAGCUUAUGAUGCGUUUGAGAGACUGCUUUAUGGAGAGGUUACCGGCAGCAGUAUAUUCAGGUCUGUCAAACAGGACGGAAGUACAUGGGCAUUUGUUUACCAGAAAGGUAAUCCAGACAGUUACUCCGAGGAAACAAAUCCCUUUGGAACCACCUCAAGGGCAACGUUUUGUACUCUCGCUGGUGUUUGUUUCAUGGCAGAGGCACGAAAAGGAGAUCCAGCCUGGGGCAUCUGGGACCAACAAGAUAAUUUCAUUGUAGGAAACAUUGAUGCUAUAUAUCCAUUGGCCGAGACUACAGACGAAGUCACCACUUGGCGUGAGGGUGAUCGUGUGAUAUUUGCCUCCACAGAUUAUGACUGGAAUCAAGCAGAGGAACGAAAAGUUGUUUCCUGUGAAGACUGUGAAAGCAAUCAGUUCCGGAUAGAUGGACCAGCUAAAUAUGUCCAUUAUGGCAAGGUUCUACAUGGUGCCCUUGAUAUGCGCGCUGAAGUUCUCCUGUUGAACAGAGAUGUCGUUAUACAGGGUGAAAUGGACGAGACCUGCCCGGCUUUCAAUGGCAACUGUGAAGAUGAGACCGUUCGUGGGCUAGAUACAUUUGGAGCACAUGUUAAGGUUCUGAAAGAUUACGCUAACGUGCACAUCGAAAACGCAGAAUUUUACAACGUUGGUCAACAGACAGACUUGGGGCGUUACCCAAUACAUUUUCACAUGACGUUAGAUAAGGUACCAGAUGCCACUGUUUCAUACAUCAGAGGAAAUUCUAUCCAUAAUUCAUUUGCAAGGUGCAUCACAAUUCACGGCAGCCAUGGAAUAGAAGUAAUUGACAACACAUGUUACAAUCACAUGGGUCAUGGGUAUUUUCUCGAGGAUGGAGGGGAAGAGAACAAUCUACUUGACGGCAAUUUGGCUAUGACAACACGAAAAGGCACGGGAACGUUAGAACCAGUCGACAAAACCCGCCCAGCAGGAUUUUGGCUCACCAAUCCUAACAACCGAUUCCGAAACAAUGUUGCGGCCGGGGGAGAGGGUACUGGAGUUUGGGUAUUGUAUCCGGAUGAACCUCUUCCCCCGUCAAGAAGCCAUCACAUCAUGGAAAAGUUUGAAGCAAAGAGAACAAUGAUACAGCAGUUCGAGAAUCAUGUAGCACAUUCAAACCUUCUGUUCGGGAUAAUGAUUGGAGACCGUGAGACUGAAGAAAGAGACGUACAUUGUUGUAAUGAAUGGCAACCGAGGGCAGACCCAAAAGAUGAGAAUUCAACACCGUUAGAUAUCAUACUCUUCAAAAUGACAGGUUACAAGAACAGGUUCACUAACAUCUGGAUAGAAGGUGGUCUACUUAAUGUGUCCCAUAUUUCAGUUGCAGACAGCUUAAAUGGUAUCUUUGUAACAAAUGAAGGUCAGCAAGAUAUAUUUGCCGGGCGGUUGAGUCACGCCGUCAUUAUAGGAGAAAGUGAGAACAAGGGUGUUCCGACGGAAGGAUUCACACGAAGUUUACCAUUUCCCUGGACUGAGGAAUGGAGGAUACAUCCCCAAUCUGCAUUAACAAUGUGGAAGGGACCUACUCAGUAUAGUGACAUAUGGUUUGAUGGUUUCACGACAAACAGUGUGUAUGACAUUGCUGCCAUUGCGAAGAAACGAGAGUCACCCUAUCCAUUUUCUGUAACUACACCAUUCAGGAAUGCAUUGUUUGCGUUUGAUGAUGAGGAGGGCGGUGGUAGGAUAGCUAUGUCAGGAGUAAGAGGUGUUGACGCCGGUUGGGAUUUCAAAGAGGACGGCGAGCUUGUUUCCGGUUUUACUUACUAUGUGGAAACGCCGGAAGGAGAAGAUAAAUUUUAUUUUGUCAAACCCGACCAUCUGUCAGCUGCGGCUGCUGACUGUGCCGUCCGUCCAAGCUGGAGGCUAGCACUCUAUACAACAAAGUACGGAAAUCUGAGAGUACUGGGAGGCUUCGAAGCUUUGAGUACUCGUGGAAUUUUCGUGCGCGAUGAUCUACCCAGCGCUCAGUUUGAAUUUGAACUGAAAAAAGACACCGGCCCUCAGGUGGUACUUGAUGGGAGUCGAACCUACACGUUUCAUAGUCUUGGACAGAUGCCUGACUGGAUCAGAUUCAGCGCAGACGGAAUAGAGACUGGUGAUUCACUGAGAAUCGGGAUAUGUACACCUCUAGGAGCAGCAUUUGAACUACAGACUUUCUAUCCCAACUUUUUCUGGACUGUAAGCCAGUUUACAAGAGUUAACUCCCUUGCAGAACUUGACAAGCCUGAUCCAAUCCUCGACGGAAAGAAAUUCUAUCUGGAUGAAACUACAGGGAUGCUGUAUUAUAAAUUUGUCGGUGCUACGACACGUGACCCUAAAGAGGCGGCGACAUGUGGUGGGGGAAAGUGUCCGGAACUUAUCCUUAAGGUGCAAGGGUCCGGACAGAAUGCAGACUGCCGAGAAAGGUUAUACGGAACUAAAAUGAACAUGGAAAAGCCCGCUCUUCAAACAUAUACAGAUGUUAUCCCAGCCACAGGUGGUCCUACCCCGCCGACAGGUUACGGAGCCGGUCCAACAAAACCGUUUCUAAACCGAGGACCAGUCGUUGGAACAAAUCUAGAAAAGGUUGAUGGUGGAUAUGGGCAGUGGUCUGGCUGGUCAAAAUGCUCGGUAACUUGCGGCGCGAUAGACGGUGGGUUCACAGACUGGACGAAAUGGAGUUCUUGUAAAGUAUUUAAUAAGGCUUUUUGUUCCGGAUUUUCCAAGAGGACUCGCAAAUGUUCAAACCCAAAACCUACUUAUGGCGGGAAAUCGUGCACAGGUGCAACACAAGAAAUAGAACCAUGUGAUGUCUGCUAG